CCCAUUUCAACGGGAGGCGCAGCGCAGGGUCGCACCAUCGUCUUCCUCCGAUCUUCUCCCCCUCUUCUUCCUCCGUCCCUCUCUCUCUCUCAUCCAUCCGGCGAGGUCGCGACCGACCGACAGAGGUGAGCGCGCGAGGAGGGCGAGGCGCCAUGAACGGCGGCAGCAGCGGCAGGGGCGGGGCCGGGGGAGGGUACGAGAGCGGGAGCGACCAUGACGCGCGGAAGCAGCCGCUGCUGGUGAACACGGGGAGCUGGUACCGGAUGGGGUCGCGCCAGUCCAGCCUCACGGCGGGGACCUCCUCCAUGGCCAUCAUGCGGGAGUCCCACGUCUCCGCCUUCCUCUGCACCAUGAUCGUCGCGCUCGGCCCCAUCCAGUUCGGCUUCACCGGCGGCUUCUCCUCCCCCACCCAGGCCGCCAUCAUCCGCGACCUCAACCUCUCCAUCUCCGAGUUCUCCGUGUUCGGCUCGCUGUCCAACGUCGGCGCCAUGGUCGGGGCCAUCGCCAGCGGCCAGAUGGCCGAGCACAUUGGCCGGAAAGGGUCACUGAUGAUUGCUGCUAUUCCUAACAUCAUCGGCUGGCUUGCCAUCUCCUUCGCAAAAGACACUUCUUUCCUGUAUAUGGGACGAUUGCUUGAAGGAUUCGGGGUCGGUGUCAUAUCCUACACGGUGCCAGUAUACAUAGCAGAGAUUUCUCCUCAGAACAUGAGAGGCGCCCUAGGCUCUGUGAACCAGUUGUCGGUAACGAUUGGUAUCGUGUUGGCCUAUAUUCUCGGCAUGUUUGUUCCUUGGAGGAUGCUUGCAGUGAUAGGAAUCUUGCCAUGCACAAUAUUGAUACCAGGCCUAUUCUUCAUUCCUGAAUCUCCAAGAUGGCUGGCAAAGAUGAACAAGAUGGAGGACUUUGAAACCUCUCUACAAGUUCUGAGGGGAUUUGAGACUGACAUCACCUCAGAAGUGAAUGAUAUAAAGAGAGCAGUAACAUCAGCAAACAAAAGGGCGGCGAUCCGUUUCCAAGAGUUAAACCAAAAGAAAUUCCGCAUGCCCCUGAUUCUAGGAAUUGGCCUGCUUGUUCUACAACAGCUAAGCGGAAUCAACGCUAUACUGUUCUAUGCAAGUAGCAUCUUCAAAGCUGCAGGUAUUACAAACAGUGACUUGGCCACAUCUGGACUUGGAGGUAUUCAGGUUCUUGCCACUCUAGUUACAACCUGGUUACUAGACAGGGCUGGCCGGCGUAUCCUACUCAUUAUAUCUUCUGCUGGGAUGACUAUAAGCCUUCUUGCGGUUGCCGUCAUAUUUUUUAUCAAGGACACUGUUUCACAAGACUCUCACAUGUAUUACAUAUUGAGCAUGGUCUCCUUGCUUGCUAUUGUGGCUUAUGUUAUCGCCUUCUCCUUCGGUAUGGGGGCCAUUCCAUGGGUCAUAAUGUCUGAGAUUCUCCCGGUGAGCAUCAAGAGUCUCGCGGGAAGCUUCGCGACGCUCGCCAACUGGCUGACUUCCUUUGGGAUAACGAUGACAGCAAACUUGCUGCUCAGCUGGAGUGCUGGAGGUACAUUUGUGUCUUACAUGCUCGUGAGCGCCUUCACGCUCGUGUUCGUCAUCCUCUGGGUGCCAGAGACUAAGGGAAGAACACUUGAGGAGAUACAGUGGUCAUUCCGCUGAGCUCAGUAGUAAUUCUUCCGGAAUGGCAUUGUGCUGCAAGUUGUGCAUUUUUUUUCUUUUGUACAAGUCCAAGACGAUUCUUCCUCGAUGCAGGCGAAGCAUUUUUUCUGUCCAUACAAAGUUGUGUAUAUUCUUGUACAACAUUGUUUCAGACUUUCAGUUGGCUUUGUAAAGGGGGGCUGUGUAGUGACUCUCAUCAGAUUAUACGUACUCCGGUUUUGUGUUUACUGUACCAUGGUCACCUGAGAUUUGUCGAAAAUAAAAUGUAAGCGAGAAUACUAGUUUCUGAGA